UCUCAUCUCAUCUCUCUACUAUAACUUAGUUGUAGUUUUUAUCAAAUCACUCAUCAUUUUUCCACCUUAUACUUGCUUGCUGGCUUGCUUCUACCCGCACUCACACACCAAGUACAACUACAAGAGAAGGAGCCCUCCGCUCCGCUCCCUCCACCCCAAAAAUAAAAUAAAAAAAUGGCCUGCUCGGCAACUUCUACCUCUUUCAUCUCCUCUAUCGCCGCCGCCAAAUCCAUGGCCACUCCUCUCUCUAAAACCCUAAAUCUCCCCAACUCCUUCUCUGGUACACGGAAAUCUAUCCAAUCUCCCGUCCUCCGCUCCAUUUCCCUGACCCGCGGCUCUCAUUCUGCAAAGUCCUUCGUUGUCAAAGCCUCUAGUGAACUUCCAUUGGUUGGAAACGUAGCACCGGAUUUCGAGGCUGAGGCUGUUUUCGAUCAAGAGUUUAUGAAGGUUAAACUAUCUGAAUAUAUCGGGAAGAAAUAUGUGGUUCUAUUUUUCUAUCCAUUGGACUUCACAUUUGUUUGUCCCACAGAAAUCACUGCUUUUAGUGACCGUUAUGAGGAAUUCAAGCAGAUAAACACAGAAGUAUUCGGUGUUUCAGUCGACAGUGUGUUCUCGCACCUUGCCUGGGUCCAAACAGAUAGAAAGUCUGGUGGGCUUGGAGAUUUGAAGUAUCCUUUGAUUUCUGAUGUCACCAAAUCCAUUUCAAAAUCUUAUGGAGUGUUAAUCCCUGAUCAGGGAGUUGCUCUGAGAGGACUUUUUAUCAUUGAUAAAGAAGGAGUCAUCCAACACUCCACCAUUAACAACCUUGCCAUUGGGCGUAGUGUUGACGAGACAAAGAGAACACUCCAGGCCUUGCAGUAUGUGCAAGAAAAUCCAGAUGAAGUUUGCCCAGCUGGGUGGAAGCCUGGUGACAAGUCCAUGAAACCUGACCCAAGACUGAGCAAGGAUUACUUUGCCGCAUUAUAGAGGGGGUUGCAUUUACAUUGCGAAUUUCGUAUCACUGUGAAGUGUGAAUUAGGGAGAUGUAAACGAUUUUUACAUAUCAUGUAAUGUCUUUUUAGACAUGCGAGUUUUUAGUAUCAAUUUUCGGAAUAAGCGCCUCUCUGUGUUCUUCUUUUUCCUUGUAAUGGAAUGAUAUUGCAAAAACAAUGGCUUCAUUUCAAUCCCCAA